AUGGUACAUGAGGAAGGUGAAACAUAUGAUGUUACACAUACUAUGUUAAAUGAGAUGCGUGGAAUAAAUACAAAUGAAGAAAUAGAGGAUGGUGUCACCGGUGAGUGUACAGAGGGUGGGAGUACCAUCGGCGAUAAAUUUGAUCGAUUGAUGGAAGAUGCAAAGAAGGAGUUGUAUCCAGGAUGCAUGAAGUUUACCAGACUGUCCUUCAUUCUUCGUAUAUAUCACAUAAAAUGCCUUUGCAAAAUGACCGACAAAGCAUUCACAAUGCUGUUAGAGUUGUUGCAAGAGGCACUUCCCGAGCCGAAUACUUUACCAAAUAAUAUGUACGAAACAAAGAAAAUCAUCAAGGACUUGGGGCUUAAUUACCACAAGAUUGAUGUGUGCCCAAAUGAUUGUAUGUUGUAUUGGAAGGGACAAGAGAAAGCCACGACUUGCUCCAAAUGUGGUACUUCAAGAUAUACAUCAGUAGAUAAGAAAAUCCCGGCUAAGACAUUACGCCAUUUUCCAUUGAUCCCAAGGUUGCAAAGGUUAUACAUGUCGUCUAAAACCUCAUUUAACAUGAGGUGGCACUACGAGGGUCGUACAAAUGAUCAAAGGUUACGACACCCAGCUGAUGGGCAAGCGUGGAAAGAGUUUGAUAAGUUGCAUCCUACUUUUAGUGAGGAGCCUCGUAAUAUCAGACUUGGAUUAGCUAUUGAUGGAUUCAACCCGUUCAAGUCAAUGAGUGUAAAGUAUAGCAUAUGGCCUGUUGUUGUGAUGCCUUACAAUUUGCCACCAUGGAUGUGUAUGAAGCCAGAGUAUCUCAUGCUUACUUUGCUUAUUCCUAGACCACGACAACUUGGCAAUGAUAUAGAUAUAUAUUUACAGCCAUUGAUAGAAGAGUUGAAAGAAUUAUGGAACACUGGGGUUGUAAAUUACGAUGCAUAUAAGAAGGAGAAGUUUAAGCUAAAUGCAUGUUUGUUAUGGACCAUUAAUGAUUUCCCGGCUUAUGCGGUAUUAUCGGGUUGGAGUACUAAAGGUGUUUUCGCUUGUCCAUGCUGCAACAAGAAUACUACUUCUCGUUGGCUUAAAUAUGGGAGGAAACACUAUUAUUUAGGUCAUCGUCGAUUCCUUCCCCAAGGACAUAGAUUUCGACGUGAUAAAAAGAGCUUUGAUGGCUAUGAGGAACAUGAACUACAACCAAAGCCACUAUCGGGUUACGAUAUUUUGGAGGAGCUGGAAGGUGUUCAGUUUCCUUUAUUUGGGAAAGAUAUUAUUGACAAGCAUGGGAAGAAGAAGAAGAGGCGAAGGAAGUUAAAACAGCCAAAACUUCCAUUUAAUUGA